CCCGUGGUGAUGCUCUUUCGGCUCCAGGCUAUGGUCACCUCGUUCCUUUGCGCCCUCCAUGCCGUGCCGCUCCGCCUCCCCUCCCCCGCCGUCCCGGACGCCGGGGUCCCCUGGGCCGCGCUGCCCUCCUCCCCGGGCGACUGGGAGCUGUCGUCCCCCCGCGUGGCCCUGGCCAGCCGAGCCCCCGCCGGGCCCCCCCUGCUGCUGCUCCUGGAGGAGGAGCCGGGCGUGCAGGCGGGGCCGGCCAACGGGACGCGACGGGCGCGGCGGGCCGGGGGGCCGGAGGCGGCCCGCCGGGGCGAGAUGUCCGUGUGCGACAGCGUCAGCCUGUGGGUGACGGACAAGCGCACGGCCGUGGACAUCCGGGGCAAGGCGGUGUCGGUGCUGUCCGAGGUGCAGACGCUCACCGGGCCGCUCAAGCAGUAUUUCUUCGAGACCAAGUGCAACCCGGCGGGCGGGACGGCGGGCGGGUGCCGGGGUGUGGACCGGCGCCACUGGCUCUCCGAGUGCAAGGCCAAGCAGUCGUACGUGCGGGCCCUGACCGCCGACGCCGACAAGCUGGUGGGCUGGCGCUGGAUCCGCAUCGACACGGCCUGCGUCUGCACCCUGCUGAGCCGCGCCGGGCGGACGUAGCCGGGGGGGGGGCUGGAGGGAUGGAGCCCCCGGCCCCCGCCCCGCUGGGCUCUGCUUGGGAACCCGAGCGACUCAGACACUGGCACGCACAUGGACGCUGUGGGUCAGCCUGGGGCUGGGGGUCAGGCUCGGAGACUGAGCUGUGGGGCUGGGGGCCGUGGGUCAGCCCUGGGGGCCAGGCUCAGAGGCUGAGCUG